GGAAAGGAAAGCUGUGGUCCGGGGGUGAGUGGGAGCAGAGGCGGCAGCAGUAGUCAGUCUCUGGUCGGACACCGUCGUGCAGGAUACUCGUACAUUCUCCAGCCACCAGAAGAUGACGACGACCAAGAUAAGGUGGGUGCUCCUGGGGCUGCUGAGUGUGGCGCUAUCUGUCGCCAAAGAGAUAGAUCUCGUGACGGAGCCACGGCCUGGGGAGGAGUACGUCAGUAUUCAUGGUGACACAACUCGCCAACCCUCGCCCACCAGUGAAUUCUCGACGGCACAUCAGAUUCCGGGAGUCCGGCUGCGGCCCAGGACGACCGACCCCGACCACGACCAGUUCUCCACGGCUCACCGAGUGUCGCGACCCCAGGGCCUGGUACCGCUCAAGGUCAGGGACACCCGGCAAGUCUCCCUUCAUGAUCUGCCCCAGGUAGAUGUGACUGACGAGGGCAGAGAGGGAGAGCUUUCCCAAACAGCUGAUUUUGAAGAAAGAAAUAUAAUGGCCAGAAAGAUAGAUGUUGGGUCAAAAAAAGCAGAAAAAGAUAAAAAGGAUGAUGAGCUAGAGAAAGUGAGCAAAACCAAGGAAGGUCUCAAAGAAGGUUCAAAUCCAGUCCCAAAGCACAUCGUACCUACAACCAUCACUCCAAAAUCUCACUACGAGGUGAUCACAGUCAACAAGCCUGGAGACAAGCGGCCAGUGACAGAUGAAGGAACCUUCGACUUUGUAGACUCGCCCCUUGGAGAUAAACAGUUAGUCUCCUCAGGAUCCUCUCAAGCCUCUCGUGUUAAUGUCAAAAAGGGCCCCAACGGUCAGGACUACGAGUACGAGUAUGUGUACUACUACUAUGACGAGGAUGAUGAGCUGGUGGGAUCUGCCAAGCCAACAGCAAACCCUACAACGCCUCGCCCUGUUCCCACCACUGAGCCCCCUCGUUCCCGUCGACCAGUGCCAGAGGAAGAGGCGUUGCCUGUCCGGACCAAUGGACGCAAUAGGUACACAACAAUUGAGCGAAACCGACCAACUGGAAGUCUAGAAGCAGCAGAAGUUACAACCCCAGAACCUGCCAGUAACGAGGUCCUUCCACAGACCACUCGAGGUGGAAAUAGGUUCCGAGGCAGGACCGUGCAGGCAACCCCUGAACCUGUGGAGCAGAGUUUGUCCGAGGAGAGACUACCAGCCAAUACUCGGUUUCCUCCUAGAUCUAGGUCCAAUCAUAAUUCUGUGGCCGUCACCACACAAACACCACAAACGGACACUCCUAUCACACGCAUAAGAGGAAGUGUAAAAAGACCCAGCCUGGAGCUAGUAGACAGUAGUUCAUUCCGUACACACCAAAGUGACGUUUCGCCAGACCAGGAUCACACCCAGGCCCUCAGUGACCAGGACAUUAUCCCCAGAGGAGGUCAAUCAAGACAACGAGUCAGACCCGCAACUGAGGACAAUCUGUCAAUUGCUGUGGUGCCGCCAAGUUAUACGGAUGCCGGCAGGUACGUGGGCACAACCCGAGACUCAGACCUGGAAGAGUACAUCGACUCCACGGAGGAAGAGAGGCUACCCCAGCAACCAAGGACAACUUCUGACGUCUCCAGCACAGAACAGUCCACCACUACUGGCUACAUCUCAGCAAUGACAGAUAAAGCAGCAUUCGAUCUUUAUGCAUUACUCAGGGAAACUGAGAACGAGCAAUCUAAUCUACUCUACAAUGAACCAACAUCUUCUGAGGAACUGGACACUACAGAGGUAGAAGAUGAAACAACACAAGCACCUACCACGGUAGUGAUCACAACUAUACCAACCACAACCACAACUACUACAACUACCACAACCACUACCACAACAACCACCACCACUCCAGAGCCACCUCCUAGCCCAGCAACUGGCAGAGGCAGGUACCGAGGUGGUGUUGGAUCUAGAAACAAGUUCAGGAACUCUGCCUCUGCUACCACUACUACAACUGAAGCUCCAGAGGAAGCUUCUACAAAGAGGGCAAAAUUUUCACCCAGCCGAAACCGAGAAACUGGUCAAGUUUCAGCAUAUGGACGAAGAGGCUCAAAGACAACACCCUCACCAGACCAGCCAUCUAACAGUGGUGGCAAUGUGGAGGCAACACCGAGGUCGACAGGUCGAGGUCGUUACCGGGGUGGAUCCCGCAAUAACGGCCAGACUACCACAACCACCACCGAAGCCACGAGUAGCAGCAGUGCAGCCUCCGGAUUUUCCAGGCCAAGUUUUGGAUCUGAUAGAUACAGCCUGAGAAGAAGGGGAGGAGCCAGAGUGACAACAACAGCUGCACCUCCUGUGGUGGAGGCUGAGGACUCAGAGGCUGGAGCUGACGACAGUGCUGCAGUCUCUUCUACAGCUAGACCUACAAGGCCUCGCAUUAGUAUUGGAGGAGUGAGACCCUUAAGGCCAGGUCCCAAGAUCAACAUUGGAGGCAGAGGUAGGAUCGGAGUCCCAUCCACCACCGCAGCUCCUACUCCCGUGUCUGAGGAACCAUCCACUCCACAGCAGGCCGAGCCCAGUGAGCAGCCAGAGCCAGAGCAAACAGCGGAAACUACAACUAGUGCACCAGCUGAUGCUCUAACAAGAUUACGAAACCGACCUCGCCUCCAUGUGGGAGCAAAAGUGAAGCCAGUACCAACACAAGGCAGUCCUACCAACCGUAGAGCUCUAGUAUCAGGUUUACUACCUCGGCGACGUCCUAAUGGGGUCACUGAGCCGUCCACCGAGGCUACGUCCACCGAGGAAGGCAAGAUAGAGGAGGAGCUUGAGAAUGCAGAGACAGUGCCCACAACUGCCUCCACAACAGAGGCUGUUCCACCUCAGGACAGUGGCUCCAGACUAUCAUCACUGAUAGGUGGUCGUCGCAGGCUACCGGGAAGGAGGCCAGGACUGUUACCUAGACCUGCCAGCCCUGCUGUUGCUGAGGAGUAGAAGGACUUAGCAAGGCUAUCACCUAGUUAUUAAAUUGUCUUAUGUUUUAUGAUUUCCCAAUUUCCAAGGGUUAGAAACAUUAUUAUGACGAUUUAAGCCUUCUACAAAGAAUUUUCCUGCUUGAAACAAUUUUCUUUGAAUUAAUUUGGAGUCCUUGAUAAUUUUGAGUAAAAAUGGACAAAAAUUCAUUAAGUUAAUUUACUCAAGUAAUUUGGAUGAGACUGACAAAGGAGGACAAUGAAGAAAUAAUAGAUCAUGAGUAAUUUGUAGUAUUUAAAUAUUACUUUAACUUAAAGAAAAUCAAAAUGUAAUAAAAGGGUUAUUUAUAUAAUACAUAUUAUAAAUGUUCAUAAAUUGCAACAUUUAAAAAACUGCUCUCUAAAUAGUACCCUAAGAAAUUUAGAUUGUGAAGUACAUGCUAAGAAUAUUGUGUGAAGUACAUGCUAAGAAUAUUGUGUGAAGUACAUGCUAAGAAUAUUGUAAAUGUUCAUAGUAUAUUAUAAAACAUUUUUUAGGUAAAAUAUAGCUAACAGUUGUUGUACUGUUCCUAUUUUAAUAUUUUUGUAUAUUCUGACCUUUAAAACAACAGUGUUUACUAUUUACACUGUUCAUUUAUAACAUUACAAAAUAAUGAGUCAUUAUAGGUAUUAGUCAUUCUGUGUCAUUUGGUAGCAUAAAAACCAUAACAAUAAUUUAACAGAACAGUGCUAAGGUCAUAAAUAAGUAGACCAAUUCGUUCAAAUCUUUUACAUGUAUUUAUUUAUCUGUCUUAAUUCAGCGAUAUAUUUGCACUUAUGGCACUCACAGUGUUGAAACUCUAGGAGGCGGUAAUGAAGCUUCAACCAUCGUUAAAAGUAGACUUUACCUUGCCGUGUACUAACUAGUGUUUGGGCCAAUAAUCUGCAAGAGCUCUCUUUCUCUUAACCUCUCCAUAGCUUUUACAGAACUUUCUUUUUACCCUUCUGAGUUGGUUACAUUUAGCGAGUGAAGACAUUCCUGUUCACCCACACUCAGAACAGUUUAUUCUAAUUCUUGUCAUUCGUAAUUAAAGCAAUUUAAUAAAUCACUUACUUAAUAGGUUAGAAAGCAUUUUGAGUACAGAAGUUGUGAUAUGGAUCAUCAACAUUUGUGUUUUGGCAUCAGUAAUUAUGUAGAAAAGUUUUAAACAAUGUGUAGAGCAAUUAAAAAACAUUUUUGAGUCAUUACAAAUUAAACUAAGUAAUACAGUGACUUACAGUAUAUACAACAAAUAGAUAACAAAGUGUAAGAUCAUUAUAAGAAUUUCAAAUCUUGUAACAUUAUCAGUUUUUAGUCCAUUUGUGUGCUUUCCACAAGACAGAUGAAAUCAUUUCAUAUAUAUUAAAAAAACCUUAAUUUACAGAGUAACUAAACAAUAUUUACAGUUUGUUGCAAAAUAAUGUUUUACAACAUAAUGUCAAUAAUGUACGACUAUCUAGAAAAUUAAAGAUGUAUUUUCAUACUCUUGCAAAUUUUACUGAUCACAAACUCUUUUACUGAUGGAGUAUCCAUUUCUUGAUCAUAAGAAUCUAAAUACAAGUAAUAGAUAUGUCAGGAGCAGGUAACAAAUGUGGAAGUACAGUAGGAGAGAAUGUUCUUCCGUUGUAUGAACAAACAUACUGAAUUUGCAAAACAGUCAUGCUGUCAAUGGUCUGUAGUGUUCUGGGACAACUUUACUGGUAGAUAUUAAACUUUGUUUUUAUUUCAAAAUUUCAAGGUUUCUAGGUGCUACACAUUUAAAAGUUUGGUACACCAUGAUUAUGUAACUCUUACUGCAUCCAACACUGUUACCGUGUUGUGUAUUUUAUAGUAAAUCCGGAGACUCCAUCACCUGAUCUCUUCUUAGAAUCCCAACUUAUAUUUGGUUUGUUCAAUUUCAUAUUCUAUAAUUUAUAACUCACUCUAAACUCAUGUGAUCGGUGGACAAAUAAACUCAUUACUAAAUAAAUUAUUUUAAGUUUAAGAUAAUGUAAAACUUACAUUUUUAAGUAAACUGAACAGAACAUAAUCUCUAUUUCUAUACAUUUUUCCAUUUUAUUGUUUAAUUUUUUUAAUCCAGUAACAUAUUUUACCACAUACAUUUUUGUUACCAGUUGUUUAAACUGUGAAUGAAUAUUAGCAAUUGGUUUAAAUUUAAUUUAUGUUCAUUAUAAUAUUUCUUUGGUAGUAUUGUAUAAAGAUAAUAGGACAGGACGUUUCAUUCCGCUAUUGUUUAUCUUAAAUGCCAUAAGAUGCUGUGACAUCAUAGACAAUAGAUUUCUUCAAAUACCUAAGAGAGACCAUUAUUUAUGAUCAAAAUGAAAUUGUACAGAAUUCUAAAUAGUUAGUUAGUUUAUGUAUGUUUGCCUGUAUGAGUGUGUGAUUUACAGUAGUUGUGCUUAUUUUUAAUACUGUAAGUCUGUAGUGUUAAAAGUGGCAGUGCCAACUACCGUGUUUGUAUAUAAUGUAUCAAUAAAAGUGAAUUAACUUUGUC